CUGGGAGCAGCAGUGUGCAUUUAUUUUGAUAGUAGUUUGUGUUGUCGUUCGUUUGAAUAAUAGUUGACGUGUAUAAGAAACAAAACGAAAUAAAUUUGUUGUUGUCAUGGCAGGGUAUAGGAGGGUAAACUAUUACGAACUGUGUCGGCUAUGUACGUCAAGUGAGGGAACAAAAAUGCAUAUUUUCCGAGAAGAAGGACGCAGGAGACAACUCCCCACAAAAAUUCAGAUUUGCUUACCCGUUCAGGUGUGUGAAGAUGAUUCGCUGCCUAAAAUAAUAUGCAACCACUGUGUGGAGAAGCUUGAAAGUUUUUAUGAUUUCCGUGAAUCUUGUGUUAAUGCAGAAGCAAUGCUGGAAAGUUACUUUACCUCACUUCGUUACUCUGAUGAUUUUACAAGAGAAGGAAAGGUGUAUGUCAAAGAUGAAAGCUCAACCAAAAAAAAGACAGCUGACAAUGAUAGUCUAGCAAAACAUCACCACAAAUCCAGUGUGACUGCAUCCACAGAUGGCCUGAACAGCUUAGUCCAGGCUGCAAGUAUUCAGAUUGUUAGUGAUGCUGAUGGGACACGAGUUCAACAGUACAAAUGCCAGAUGCAGAUGCAACCAGGUAAUCCAGUGGCAACUGUUGUGGAAGCUGCAGCAACUGAAGCUCGUUACUCAUAUGAAACAUGCACAAACAGUCCCCGAAAUAAUGAGAAUCCUGCGCCUAAUUCAGAAGUAGGUGUUUCUCAACAAGUUUCAAAAGUCGAAGAUGGCAGUACUCAAUGCAGCGAAACAGACUUCAACAACAAGUCACCAGAAAACAGUGAUGAGGGUGAAGUGACAGCCCAUCAGCAUCAGCAGGCAGCAACUGUAGCAUUUGCAACUGCUGGUCCUGGCCAGGAAAUGCUUCUACACUUCAAUUUCAAUAAAGAACGAGAUGGGUUUCUGAGAUCAGAAGAUCAAGCUGCCUUGCAGAGAUCUUCAAUUGCACAGAUAGGAGAAUUUCUUCGCAUGAAAACAGCAAAUAUUGUGGAUGGCACUGCACAGUCCUCAUUGGUUGAGAUCGCUGGAAAUGUUAGUAGACCCUGCAACCGCUGUGGAAAAAUCUUCUCAUCGAUUGAAGAGCUGCAAACUCAUUCUCCUUGUCAAGAAAAUAGUGAUGCAAGUGACAAAAAUGGAGGACCUGGUUGCAAUUAUUCAUGUGAAGUAUGUGGAAAACCAUUUAAAAGAAAAGAACAUUUAUUUCAGCAUCGUAAAUUGCAUACCGGUGAACGCCCGUAUAUCUGUAGUGUGUGUGGAAAGGCAUUUAGUCGUAAAGAACAUUUGGUGCGGCACGCAGUAUCACAUACUGGACAAAAAAUGCAUUCUUGUGAUAUGUGUGGUAAAUCCUUUAGCAGGAAAGAUAACCUUCAUAAACAUAGGAAAACACACGGAAUAUCAGGCCCUUACAUCUGUGAAACUUGUGGCAAAUCGUUUGUGGUGAAACAUUAUUAUUUAUUACAUAAAGGUAGUCAUUCGUCUUGUUCUUCAGCUGUUUCAGGUGAGGAACAAAAUGCAGUUAACACUGAAAACUCACUAAUGUACAAGUGUGAUAUGUGUUCUAAAAGUUUUGGAACAAAACAAAAUUUACUAGCACACAAGUUGCGUCAUCGAAACAAGACACCACCAGUCAGUGCAAAUCCGACACUUCAUAAUGUUUCUCAGCAGCAGACUCCUGUGCAGUUAGAAAGUAGUGUUGGUGAACCACACACUGUUGCCUUAUCUCACAAUGCUGCCCCACUUACAACUAUCAACAAUUCAGCAUUGUUGGCUCCAAACAUUUUACAUCACGUCAACACACCAGUAAGUGGAGCCGCUUCGCAGAGCAAUGCUGCGAGUGCUGCAAUGAUUCAAGUGUCCUCAUCUGCUGCAGCCUACCUCUGUACUCCAGGAACAGUUGCAACUAAUGAACUCCUGGAAUCUUACCGACGAAUGCAUUCAACGUGAUCCACGUAUUAAUUAAUGAACUGUGUUAACCUAUAGUGACUCCACAUAGGAUUCUUUUAUAGACUUCCUUCAGGAAAAAUGUGAGUUCCGUCUUUCAAAAUUUUUAACAUGUAAAAGUACAAUAAAGAACUGCAACUCAUCAAUUUAUUUGGCUAAGGUAAGUACAAAUUUUAAUUAACUAAUUUUAUUGAAGCUCAUAUUAAAGUUAUUAUUAUUUUAAUAACUACCCUUUGUACCAAAAUCAUACAGCAUGUAGUUCAGUAUCUUUAAUGUGUGGGGAGGGAGGGGGUUGCAGAUUUUUCUAUUAAAGUGUGGCAUAUAUAUCAUAUUAACACCACUAAAUAUUUAGCAGAUUGUAAUUUCAUAAACAGUUUUGAUACAUAUGUCUACAAGGCUUUUUGUAUCAGCAGCCCAUAUAGUAUUG